AUCUUUUACCCAAUGGUGUAUGGUGAAGCUUUGACACUAUAUUACAGCUCCCCAAUGAUCGAAACAUGACAACAUAACAUCCUCAUACCACGCUUAUCAGCACCAACAUAAAAGAGGAGAGUGGCGUAGGAGGUAGAGGGAGAGAGAUGGACAAGGUGGAGAUGGGCAUAGAGGAGCAGCAUGAGAUGGUGGCCAAGGCCUUUGUGAACCACUACUACCACCUAUUCGACACCAAUCGCGCUGCCCUUGCCACUCUCUACCACCACACCUCCAUGCUGUCUUUUGAGGGUCAGAAAUUUUUGGGUGUCGAGGACAUUGGGCGGAAGCUCACACAACUCCCUUUUGAGCAGUGCAAGCAUUUUAUCUCCACCAUCGAUAGCCAGCUCUCACCAUUCGGUGGUGGCAUUCUUGUGUUUGUCAGUGGUAAUCUCCAGCUAUCGGGGGAGGAGCACCAGCUUAAGUUCAGCCAGAUGUUUCAGUUGAUCCCUCUGCCGCAUGGGAGCUUUUGCGUGCAAAAUGACAUUUUCCGCCUUAACUAUGGUUGAUUGCUCAUGAUCCUGGAGGAACAAACAAAUGAGACAGCCAGAGUGGUGGUGUGCACACCAUUUUAAUUGUCCAGUCUCAUAUUUUACCAAAUGGAACCAAUCAUUCAUAUGGCGUACGUGGCUAUCAGAUUUGUUUGUUAUUUGAUGUUUGAAAUUAACGAAGUUUGGUUACUUUAAGAUUUAAUUUUUCUUU